AUGAGGACCUACUGUAACCUUUAUUUGGAACCUGAGUCACUGCACUACCAGCGUCAGGCUGCCAUAAAGGAACUUCGUAAUAAGAUGAAUGCUGAAAAGCACGAGGCUGUCAAAGAGAUUCAGGUGGUUUUGAAUAGCAGUAUGCAGAACCUCACGGUCAAUGAAACAGACGCCUACGUACCUGACGCAAACGCUCCUGACAACAUGCAAGAGUUGAUUGACGUGUUUCAGAUCAUUGGCUACAUUAUACAACCGUUGAUUCUUGUUGUAGGAGUAGCUGGAAACAUAUUAACCCUUGUUACCAUGAUGUUUUCCCGAUUCAAGGACUUGACCUCGAGAUAUAUCAUUUUGUUUCUGGCAUUGUCAGAUACUGCUCUCCUUCUCACACAACCUUUAAACAAAUUCUGGAUUAUCAAACUGAUUGGAAUUGAUCUGAGAGCUUUGUCUACACUGUCGUGCAAGAUCUUUUUUGUCAUCUUUAGAUCUGCAAAAAUGACAUCUUCCUGGUUAGUCGUGUUACUUUGCGUUGAACGAUAUGUUGCCGUUAUAUUUCCGUUGAGGGCAAAGUCUAUACUCCGUAAACAUUAUAUUGUGAUGCGACAAGCGUUGAAAGGCAACUUAUCCAGCGCGACUAACAGCUCCAUGUCGGCAAACAAGAAACAGAUAACCAAGACUUUGAAAGCAAGUGUGAUGGUCAUUGGUGUUCUGAUAUCGUACGGGUCUCCAGGACCACAUCGCAUCCCAACACGAGGGACAUGCUGUGCACGCCUGUCACUGUGA